AUGCAUCUGCCAAAUCCUGACGAUGUCGUUGUCGCGAAUUUAAACCCGAGCGAGGACUACAAGACGAGUGUGUUGAGUGGGCUUACUCCGGGUGUCAUAGUGGAGUGUGCAGGCCGAGCGUUGAGUUUCUGGGCAUAUCAAACAACCCAAGAGAUGUUCGUUGUUUACCAAGAAUACCUGGCCAAAAGUUUGACAGACAAGUACUCAACAUUGAAUACCCAGAUGGACAAAAUUAUACAUGACGCAAACAGCGAAAUAUCUAGUCUUCGCAACAAAAUUAUUAGUAUGAGUACGGAUCAGGAUGCUUUGAGGCGAAAGAAUGAAGAGCUCAACCACCAUCUCAGAGAGAAGAAUAAGAAGUUACUCCAAACGCAAGAACUUUACGAUAAGAUGAAGCGUAGAGGAUUGCUGGAUCAGGUUCAGACAGCUGCUUCGAACGCAGUUGAUGACACCAUAGAAGCGGCCGUAACUGGUAAUCGCUUCGCUGACAAUGCAGGCACCGAUAACCACCGACCGCACCAACAACCAUUUUACCCCAAUCAACUGGCUGGUGGAACGCAUCAAAGCGGCGGUUUUCACAAUCCAAGCAUGCCGCCGCCCCCUCUUCAAAGAAGAAGACACAGUAGCGGCUGGGAUGCUAUUGCCGGUCAAGGACUCGGCCAAGGAUCUCAGCGACUGAACCAAGUUCAAGCGACUCCUUCCUCCCAUCGACAGCCUUUGACAUCUGGCAAUUUUCCUCCUGUCAGCAUUGGCAUGAACAAUCUACAACAUCAUAUGGCUGGAACACCUUUACCUUUAUCUCAAGGACGAGUUACCGUUACUCCUCGUCGAACUCCACUUUCUAGUCUUAAUGCCAAUGUUGGACAAACUUCUGGCUUUGCGGGUUACGGCAUGCGGGCCGGCCUAAAGGUCGGGAACCAGGGAGCAUCUGUAGCAUCUGAAUGUUCUAGACCGAUUGUUCGAUCAGUAGCGCAGAGACCUGGCUCUAACCUUGCCUUUAGUCGUGACUCAGGACUCGGCACGCCAUCGAUUUCUCGGGGUGAGAGUAACUACUACUGA